AUGCAAGCCUUAUAUCAGUUGUCGGCAAAUGGAACACCACAGCAGGUAUUCCAUGGUUCUGGGCAACCACCAGUUUCAUUUGCAGCUAUGAAACAAUUCAUGCAAGCGGGUGUUUCACCUGUACUUUUGCAGCAAAUUCAGGUUGCACAACAACAACAGCAAAUUGCAGCAGCUUCUGCAGAGUCAGCUAAUCAUGGAACAAAUUGA